AUGAGUAUGAUAUUACCAAUAGUGCGUGAUGUCGCCGUAGACUGGGCCAGCCUCGUAAAAGGUGCCUUUGAGGAAAUUCAUAUUAGCGUCCCGCGCUCCGUUGAAGACUCCUUGAUGGCACUCAAUACCUAUGCCAAACUUCCACCCUCCGCCUUUUCUCAUCUCACGACCGGACUCAAGGAUGCGUGUGUUUAUUGCGCUUUGCUCACAUCGCUUGAUCAGUCCAUUACGGAGUGGCCGGUCGCCCUUCAGCGCAGAAUGUCUGCCGCCUCCAUACAACGUGGAGGAUCCAAAAUCACUACCUGUAGGCCAUUAGUGGAAGCCGUCAUCGUGCUGUAUAAUGCCGCGGUGGCAAACUUGGAGGGUGGUAUGUCGAACCUUGCUCGAAUACACGCGGAUGCCUCCCAACGUCAUCCCGCAAUGGACACGCGAACGACGGUGCAUCCCAAUGUCAACGCCAAGAAUGCCUAUCGCCACUUCCAGUAUGCCCAUGUGUUGAGCAUCGACGUGAUGGGGUUCCUUUUUCCGUUAUUGGAGUGCGAUGGUGCUGUCACACGACCAACUCUCUCCAUCUACGAAACAGUCCAGCUGAAAUCUCUACUUGAGGUUGAGGAAUUGCAAGCGCUUGUGAGUUUGUGCAUAGCGGUAGCAAAGUACGUUUUUGCUCUCAACGAUUCGAUUGGGGAAAAGCUAGAUGUGCUGGCGAAGCUCGCCUUUGCAGGGGCUUCGCUUCAAAUCCCGGAGUUGACCGCCAGGGGGUUUCCCGAGAUUCGCCUGCUGCCGAGUUUCCUCUUGGUUGCCUAUCACUGCCACCAGGCGGAGUACUACUACAAGGUAACUCCCAAGCUACCGGACAUGGCUCGUGCGCUAGGUCACAUAUCCUAUGCCGACGAGAUUUUGUGUGGAAUAGAUAAGAAAAUCAAAAGUGGUAACUUCCAAAAAGAUGACUGGAAUGAUGGCAGCAAAGUAGCAAAAAUGACAUUAUCGUUGGGAAAGCUUUUGUGGCGAAAGUUUGUUGGGGAUCGAAGCAAAAAAGAAACCAAUGGUCCUGAAGGAAGGUACCUCAUCGAAGAGAUGGAGUCUGAUAAUGAAAUAUCCCAUCGUGCCUCUGUUUAUAACAAUAUACUCCGAUUUCUGUCCGAGAAUGAGUGUAGCCUGGUACGUAUCUUACCAGCAACAGUUAGUAUUGUGCGCCGUGUCUAUGAGCUCUACAAACAGUAUCAUCAUGAAAACCUGGCAGUCUAUCUGACAAAGCCACUUCCUACAGAUAUAAUUAAGUUAGACUCGCCGGAUUCAGCUGUAGUGGAGUUGUCUUUAAACAUACCCGGGAUCGAGAGCAGUCGUACUUCGCCGUUCACGUCCUUUCUUCAUCACAACACCUUCAAGGACAUGCCACAAGAACAGGAGGUGAAUGUUGCUUACAGUAAGAAAGAAGUGGUGAAAGCGCAGGAGGACAGCAUGCUUGAACAAUGCAUGGUGAUUGAAAAUAUUGUAGAUGAGCUGCGUGCAGUCCAGCUACCCCACGAGGUGCGGCUGUGUAUUGAGGCGAUGGAGCCUUGCUUGGAAAAUCACAUCGGCUCCGUCGCUGCAGCCCUCCAGAUCGCUGAGAGGACUUUGCAUGAAGCAUGGAAAUGGCACGAGGAGGCCGUGCAGUUAUGGAUGGACACUAGGAAAAAGUGUCUUGCAAUGAGAGGGGUAAUGGGCCUCCAUGAAAGAACGCUCGAAGCCCAAAAAGAACUUGAGGAGUGGUGUAAAAAUCUCAAGGAUGCAGAAUCAGAUUGGCUUCGAUUCAUCGGCCCACUGGAUUUUGGUGCCGACAUCGAGAAAUUGAUCCGGCUGCUUCUGCCGGGGGACUGUCGCGGUACCCGUGAAUAUAUUCUACAAGCAGAGGGUGUCGUCGCCGAAACGCGAAGAACCCUGCAAACUGCCUCAAUCCCCAUCGCAGGUACGCGCCGAAUUACCGCCCCAGAGCUUUCUUCUUUUCAGACCGUGCAGAUGGAAAAUACACAAGCGAAUUUGAGGAAGCUUGCCUCGCAAGGGGAGCGGCUGCUAGCGCGACUUAGGGAGGUUAUGGAGCAAUCCAAUUGGUGGGAAAAACGACAGGCGGCAAUGCGAUGCGUGGUGCUGGUGAUAUGGAGUGCUCCAGAGCUAAAGAACAAGCUAGCUGGGGCGACCCAACUUCUGCAGGAUGAAUGCGCCAAGCUAAACAACGCGCCUUCUGAUUUUGGAAGGCACGUUGGCCUCGAUAUCGCAACUAAUGCGAACGUGGAUAGAGACCUGACUCCUUGGAAAAGGCGGUCGAAGGUUUCUUCAACACAUGAAAGUAGCAACGACACUUUGUGCUUCGGGAAUUUCGUUGAUAAAAAAAGGCAUCGAAGUGAGGAAACAUCGUCAUCACACGCUGGCGAGGGUGUUUCUUCUACUGGGGCUCAAUCGACCAUGACGAGUAUGGGUAUUAAGACCACUAAUGAGUCAUUGUCGUCCAUGGAAGCUAAGGUUAGUAAUUCGUUAAAGAACAGACUUAGGAAAAAUCGAGAAGCCUUGUAA